CUGGAUAAACGCCAAAAGACUUAUUCAAGUCUUAGUCAUUCAACUAACAAGUGCCUAAUUUCUGCUACAGCUUAUUACCAUGCGCCUACAAAUUCUGGCCGUGAUUUUGUGUGCGUCGCAAAUCUGUGCGGAUGAAACGACGCAGACAGCAACGACAAGUAAUGUGACAACAACCGAUGCUCCUACAACUGAAACAACACCACUCGGCUGUGUUUGCGGAGUAUUUUUGAGCGGGCAGUUCAAGAAGGGAAGCAAGGAACAACCUAAAGGAAAUCCAGCUCUACUUCACGAACAUCCCGAUGAUUUUCCCUGCUCAAUUGUCGGGAACAAACUCUGUACCAACAAAUGCCUCGACACUAUUGUGAAGCACCUUCCCAACAGUCCAGCGAUUCUCUGCGGAUCAAUUGAUCGUGAUUGUCAUAAAGAAAGGGCAUACUUGUUCAUAAAGAACUGCAAGGAUGAAUGGAUAAACACGAAUCUCUCGGCAGGACGUGAAUACUGCUGCAAAGAUGGAUUGCCGUACAAGUGUCCAAUUUUAAGCUAAUCUGCAAAAGAUGACUGUCCAUAAAAUUGUAUCAUGCAUGCACUUGCAUGUUUUUUGCCAUUUAUAGAUAAUUGGCUGUUUAAUAAAAAAUGUCUAACCACAGGCUUCGGAAAUGUCCUGUAAUUCUUAAACUUCCUAACGUUGCACAAUUUCUUCUGGAGUAUGUGUGGUAAUGUCUGGAUCAAAAGCUAAGAAAAUAGAAAAACAUUUGAAAAAUUUCUAGCAGUGUUAUUUCUACCAAUAAUGACGAACGUGAAUGAAACCAACACCCCUGUAACGUAAUAAAGGCCACUCUGCGUAAAUAUGAAUAUAUCAACAAUGUGAGAAAAGGUUUUUAUAAUUAGAACCUUCAAAACGAUUAAACUCUGGUGUUUUUGAUUUGAUUCUAAUCUCUCAGUUUUGGGCUCAUUUUUCUCGUCGGUAGGAUUUUCACAAAUUGUCUAAAGUACAAUCAAAAAAAUGUACAUUAUUGUGCAACUAUAAUAUGCAAAUGUAAUUCACUAACAUCUGUUGUACCUUACUUGAAUAAAUCUAUUUUUAUCCACUCUGGAGAUCCUGUAACACUUUUUU